CCUCGGCGCCGGGCCGUGCCAGGGCGGCGGCGGAGCGCGGCGGGGGCGGGGGCGCUGGCGGAGUGGAGCGGGGCGCGGAGCGCAGCUGCGCAGGCGCGGAAGCGUCUCGUCCCCGCGCCGCAGCCGCCACCAGCGGAUGAGGGAAUCGCGGCGCUGCUGCCUAGGAUGAAGCGCAUGCGGUUGCGGCCGUCGCUGGGGCAGCUGAGGCUCCAGCGGGAGGCCGACUCCGCCGAGACGCGCUCCCUGCAGGCGCAGGUCUGCUUGACCCUGCACCCCGAGCAGCUGCGGGCCACCGUCCACCUAGACGGCUGGGACGGCGCGCCGCGCGGCAGCGCGGUGCAGAUGGAGCUGUCCUUCCCGCCACAGUACCCGCACAGGGCGCCCGCGGUGACGCAGGUCCUGCCCGAGGGGCCGCUCCCAAACCUCGAGUACGACGGCCGCGUGGUCCUGCUCGAGAGGGUGAGGGACAACCGCUGGAGCUCCGUCAUGGGCGUGGCGGACAUCGUCCGCGACCUCGUGGAGGCCGUCGGCGCGGGCGGCCCGCCGCAGGGCGCGGCAUGCUGCGACGGCGCGCGCCGCGAGGCCGACGACGUCGACAUGUCGUGAGGGCGGCCGGCCGCAGCGCGGCCGCAUAGCCCCGGGCGCGGGUCGGGGAA